GGCGCUGCUCUGCUCCCCACGGACCACGGGGCGCCACCACAAACCAAACGCGACGCACGCGCGCAAAAUCCUGCGAAGCGAGCGCGACGACAUCAUAAUGGGGCAGAGCCAGGGCAGAGGAAGAACCAAACCAGAGACGCGGCACGCGACGCGGGAGGGCGAGGAGGAAGAGGAGCAGCAUCAGCAGCGCGGCGACAUCGCGAGGCCAGACGCAACAGCCGAAGAGAAGGGGCAGAGUCGACCGCCGGGAGUCCCGGCCACCACCAUGGACACCUUCUUCCUAUCGCACGGCUCGCCCACGCUCUCCAUCGACGACAAGAUCCCGGCGCGGCACUUCUUCAAGUCGUGGGUGCCGGCGAAGGUCGCGGGCGACCAGGCACCGCGCGCCAUCCUCGUCGUGUCGGGGCACUGGGAGACGGCCACGCCGGCGGUCAACGUCAUCCGAGGCAGCAACGACACCAUCUACGACUUCUAUGGCUUUCCCAAGCCCAUGUACCAGCUCAAGUACCCGGCUCCUGGCGCCCCGGACUUGGCCCUGCGGACCAAGGAGCUCCUGGAGCAAGCCGGGUUCGGCCCCGUGAAGGAGGACCACAGCCGCGGGCUGGACCACGGCGCGUGGGUGCCGCUGAUGCUCAUGUACCCGGACGCCAACAUCCCCGUGUGCCAGCUAUCGGUACAGAGCGACCGCGACGGCACGUACCACUACAACCUCGGCAAGGCGCUGGCGCCGCUGCGGGAGGAAGGCAUCCUCAUCGUCGGCUCCGGCAGCGCCACCCACAACCUGCGCAAGAUGGGCCCGUUCGACGCGCCCGUGCCGCGGUGGGUCGCCGAGUUCGACACCUGGCUCAAGGACUCGCUCCUGGGCGGACGGUACGAGGACGUGAACCGGUACGAGGAGAAGGCGCCGCACGGGAGGGCGGCGCACCCGUGGCCGGACCACUUCUACCCGCUGCACGUCGCGCUCGGCGCCGCCGGGGACGCCGCCAAGGCGGAGCAGAUCCACCACUGCUGGACCAACGCCACGCUCUCCUACGCGUCCUACAGGUUCACCACCAACAGCUGACGCGCUCCUGCUCUGCUGUCGGUGGAACUAGAUGAACGCCGGCCACCGCCCCGCCACCUGCUGAAUUUCGUGGGAAGCAUCCGUCGUCGGCGUGCGUGGCAGCAUAUAGCCCAUAUACAAGCACGCUUGUAAUUGUAAAAACUGUAUCCCUAAUAAAGCCCCGUGUGCCGUUCCGUUCGCAGUAGAUAUGUGUUUGUCGAUGCUUUGCAUUGUUCAGCGCAGCAGCUUAUUCCAUCGUCAUUUUUUUCAAGAGUUCCUAA